AUGGGUAUCUCAAUGUACUUGAUCCUCCUGGCGAUUUCUGGCCUCAUACUUAUCACGGCGUUACGUCGUAGAGAGAAUCGAAACGCUCCCGCACCACGAGUAUACACUUCGCGAGCUCCUCCACGAAGAUUUCCGCCUGGUAAGCUGCCAUCUCGCGCAUGGAACCAACACGACAUUGAUGAAGUGGCGGAACUACUGAGCCAUAUCAAAUUUGCACAUGGAUCAAGCCAAGGCCGCAUACAAAAAUGCACCCAGGGCGAAUGGAAAUAUCAUUUUUGUUUAUCCCUAAAUAUCAAGUCUCUAAUCGAAAGGCUCAAUGAUCCCUCUUUUCCACGCGACUAUUUUGCCUUCCUUGAACUCAACAAUGGCAACUUAGAUUUCUUCACGUACGAGAACGGUCCGCUCUUGAGCUUUCGCAGUGCGGCUAGUAUCAGGUGGGAUGAGAACAGCCUCCAGCUACAAACCUUUAUGGAAUGCCUCAUUGGAAAAUCUGCCUUGAAUGCCGCUUUAUCUGAGCUAGAAUACACUACACCCAUUAUGCAGCCAGUGCGGAUGCUGAGUAUAGAGGGAUCCAACCGGGUAUGCCUCAUCGGGCCUCAGGAAUGCCAACGAGUAGCCCAACUAUGGGCGCCUCUACUGGCCCAUCCUAAUCUGUUAUCUGAGAAUGUCAAGGGAAAAGCUUUGCACCAUUUCAACGAGCAUUUUGGGGGCGUUUCUCCGCUCGCAACGAAAAGCUUCUUGGAAAGGUGGAUUGUCCUAGAACAGGGCUUGGGGAAGACGGGCACCCGAAUAUUCCCAAGUUUUGCGUGCUAUUUAGCGGAAUUGGCAAAGAUGGACGAACGACAUGCAUAUAAAGGCGAUAUCAGAGAUCUAGAAACGCAAAUUGCUGUCUCUGACCGUCACAUGUGGACGCGCAUUUUUGCGGGACAAGCUUAA